AUGGCAGCGAUUGCAAGAGUAUACCAGGACAGCUUCACAAAACGCCCAAGCGCGACUCUGGCAGUGACCAACGGUGCAUUAAAUGCAUUUGCGGAUGUCGUUGCCCAGACUGCUCAAAUAUUCUUGACCACACCCGAUAAGGCGCCGCACAAGCCUGAGUUCGAGCCCCCGCCACCUCGCUACGACCCUGCUAGGACACUCAGGUUCUUCGCGUUUGGAACUGCCAUGGGUCCCAUAAUUGGGCGAUGGAACGUCUUUCUUGAAAACCGUUUCCCUCUCCGUUCGAUUGGUGGAAAAGUCAGCAUGGCGGCGUUGGGCAAGCGGGUCGCCGCGGAUCAAAUCGUCAUGGCACCUAUAGGUUUGACGGUAUUCGUCGGUAUGAUGGGCUGGAUGGAAGGCCGCAACCUGGAAGGAAUCAAACAAAAAUAUUCGGACAUGUAUGCUCCCGCGUUGGCGGCCAACUACAAAGUCUGGCCCGCCGCCCAGCUGGUAAACUUCCGGUACAUGCCGCUUCCGUAUCGAGUACCAUUCCAGGCUACGUGCGGUGUCUUUUGGACAUUGUAUCUAUCGUUGCUCAACGCAAGAGAGAAGAAGGUCGAUGGACCUGUUUAA